AUGUCUGCGGAAAAAGUGUUCGUCAUUGGUGCCACUGGAAAUAUUGGCGUGAAAGCUGUCAAUGACCUUCUUGACCAUAAGAUUCCUGUCACUCUAUUUGCUCGUAGUCCCGAGAAAGUUGCUUCCUUGUUCUCGAGCGAUCUUGUAAAUGUGAUUCAAGGCGAUUUCAAGGAUUUAUCACCCAUCAAGGAAGGUAUAAAAGGGCACACACGUUUAUUUUUGCUGGUGAGUGAUUUCUAUGAUUUUGUCAACAUCAAGAAAACCAUCGCUACCUAUGCUUAUGAGGCUGGUGUCAAGCAAAUUGUCGAUAUUUCUUCUUUGGUAGUCAAUUUGGGUUGGAGAAGUACUUCCAUUGGGUCCAUUCAUUACUAUGCUGAAAAGGCCAUCUAUGAUAUCCCUAAUCGUGGUCAUUUUGUUGCGCUUCGUCCAGGUCGAUUCACAUCAAACCAUCUUGGCAUGAUGCGUCCCCUCGCAGAUAAAGGCCUUUUCGAUAAUGGAGCACCAGAUUCUCCCCAAGGCUGGAUCUCUACAAAUGAUAUUGGCGCUGUUGCCGCGGUGGUGUUGCGCGAAGAUGUCAACAAACAUAUGGAUGCUGUGUAUAGUCUCAUUGGUGAUGUGGUUACUUCCAACGAACGGGCUGCUAUAUUGACGCGCAUUACUGGACAGAACAUCAAGUAUACUCAAAUCUCACCUGUUCAUAAGUAUCACAAAAUCAUGGAAUCUGGCCACAUUCCUCAUGUGUUUGCAUUGGAUCUAGUAACUGAUUUGGAUGGUCAUGAUGAUAAAACUACGCCUAUUAUUGAGAUACUACUAGGUAGAAAGUCUGAGACGGUAGAGGAAUAUCUUACUGCCAACAAGAACAAUCUCAAGUGA